AUGCACAGAGCUAGACACCAAUCAAGCACCUCAGCUCUCCGUGUACACUGUCUGAGAACGGCGAACUAUCAUAAGUCUCUUUUAAUGCUUAUCGAUUUGAAUUCCUUCCAAUUUCCUUCAUUGUCGUACUAUCAACAUGAAAUCUACUUCCAAUCGAAUACCCCUGGACCCACAGGGGAAUUCUUCUUUUCCCUUGGUCCUCCUGCUACUGAGCGAUGUUUCCCAUCGGCUUGGUAUCCAGAUGUGGUUUACUCUCCAGGUGUAUGUCCAAUAGGUUACACCGCUGUAGCCCAGGAAACAUCAACAGUUUCAUCUCGGGUCAUUACUGAAGCUACCUGUUGCCCCAGGUACAUCACACGAAGCAUCUACUCUCACACGACCCGACACUGUUUUUCUAAAAUCGGAGAAUCGACCUCGCUAGUGUGGACUGCAAAUGGAAAAGCGACCACAGGCUCCGUUGGACCCGGUGACGGAAUCAAUGCCUGGGGCAUUAAAAUUCAGUUACAGGGCACUGGGGAAAGAUUGUCUUCCUCGACUGCGCUACCCACUACCCAAUCAUCAGGGCCCCAAACGAGCCUUAUAAUCGGAGUCUCAGUCGCCGGAGGGGUUAUUCUCUUAGCCGCCCUCGCAUUUUUGAUAUUUUUUUAUCGUUUCAGAAAGCGAGGGGAUGUAAAGCAGAGUGCCAAUCUGCAAGAUGACAACCAGCAAACGGAUUGUCAGGUUCUAUCGAGCACACACCCUGAGAACCUUAGUGAGCUAUCGGCGGUACCAACAAAGCCUUCAGUCGCCGAGAUUGUUGGGAAAAGCAUAAAUCCAGGUGACAUUCAGCUGCUCCAGGCACACCAAAAGGAUUCUAGCGGUUCGGGGAGUGGAGAUGGAGCUCAAAAACAAGACGUUGAUAAAUCCGCCCUAAUUGAACUACCAUAG